UGUGGAUACACCUAUAAUACACCGAUGCAGACAGACGGUAUGCGCGGUAUACGUUUGAAAUGUGCGUUCAGGAAAUUAAUAUCGCAAUCUUAGCUGUGCGUUGAAUGUAAAUUGUUUAAGGCUGCAUUGUUCAGCACAUAACACAAGUAAGAAAAUGACGCUAAAGCCUUCAUCAAACGAGAUCGACCAAGUCGUGAACUAUGACGAAAAACACCACGGAAGUGAUUCGCACAAGAACUCGUUUGAAAAACUUAAAGCUGCCCACGUGAGUCUUCAAGAGGAUUAUAUGAGGCUCCAAAAGGACUUGAAGAACACUUUGCAGUCUCUUCACGACGUUCGAUCUAAUCAUGCCAACAUACUGCAUAAAGCCGACAAGAUUAUUUCAGAGAAAGACUCCACAAUCAAAGAGCUUCGUGUAAAGUUAAGUUCCAUAUGUGUGGAAGAUCUCCGGAAGGAAAUAGAAGAUGAGUUGCGUAAUAAUUUCGCAGACUACACAAGGCAACUUCAAUUAAAUCAUGAAAAAUGCAAAGCAUCCCUCCAUGAAGCAAACGUUCAGCUCACAAACAUGAAAGCUACGUUACAAAGUGCAGACAGAAGCCACCAGAGAAGUGUACAAGAGCUGGAUCUCAAGCACAGGGCUGAGGUCAACCGACUCCAAGUGGAGAUUCAGCAUUUAAAGGCUGAGCAAAGCCCAUCAGGUGGAGAAGAAGUUCUGAUGCAGCUCCUCAACACGCAGAAAGAUAAUGCAGACUUGCAAGGCAGAUUGAAGUCUGUUUCUCUUGAAUUAAAGGAACUGCGAAAUGAAAGACACAGUCUUACUUUGGAGCAUCGAGCAGCACUGCAGAAACAUGCCGAAGAACUUGCACUUGCUGAGGAGUCCAACAAAAUCAUAGAAACAAAGCUGAAAGGUGCCCUGUCACAAAGAGAGGCGCUGGAGGAGACACUGGGCAGGUAUCGACAAGACAUAAACCAACUUUCGCAGCAGCUUGUAUCUGCUGAAGAAGAGAAGCUCAGCCUGAGAAACAAGAUCUCCCUGGUUGAACAUAAACAUAAGGUUGAAAUUUUACAGUUGAAAACAGACGCCGUGCAUCAAAAGGGUGACCUUGAAGCCAAAUACGAGAAAGCUCUUUUGGAGCUUGCAAAUGCCAAAACAGAUGCCGAGCUAGCCAUUAAAGGCACCACUGACCAGAAACAGCUGCUGGUUGAAAAAGAGAGGGAACUGGAAAAGAAGCAUCAUGCUGCAAGGGCCAAGGACUGGGAUCGCGCAAGGAGACUUGAAUCUGAAAAGAUCCUCCUGGAAGCAAAGCUAAAAGAACUUGUCACUGCCAAAGCAGCAAUGGUUGAAAGGCUUGCUGAAAGCGAAAAGCAGAUCAAGCGUCUAAAACAAGCGCAGGAGAGCCAAAGGCAGGAAUUUGAGGAAGAGUUGCUUGCGCUGAGAGCCAAGCUGAAGGCAACGUCGGGUGCAAGAGAUGAUACAAACAAGAUUGCUGCUGAAAAUCAAGUUCUGCAGCAGCGUCUGGCCCUGGCUGAGGAAGAACUUGGGAAAAGGCAUGCUGCGCUCAAGGACUUCCAGGAACAGAAGGAAGUCUUCUUGAGGAGAAUUGAGGGUCUGCAGCUAGAACUGCAGGCUGCUCAUGUCAAUACGAUAAAACUCUCUGAGCAAAGCAACAAGACUGGUAUGCAGAUGAAGCUAGCAUGGGAGCAAGAGAAAUACGACUUUGUCAAGCGAAUAGAAGAACUUGAAGCUGAGCUGCGGCAAGCCCACAAAGAGUUUAACUGGAAAUUGAGGGCUUUGAAGCAAAGAAACAAGGAGUACCGAAAGGCUAUGCAUUCAUAUCGAUCAAAGAUAAAAAGCCUGAAAUCAGCAAACAAUGACAUGCGUUCUGAAGCUAUUCACCUAAAGCAGAAUGCACCCUUGGACAUCCAGAAGGAGCUUCAGGAGGAGCUUAAGAAGUUAAGAAGGCAACAACUUGAGUUUCGUUCAUUGCUUGAACUGCCUUCUGCUCCACAAGGGACUGCUGGAUCUUUGUGUCGCCCUUAUGACCAAAACUUGUGGAACAUGUCAGAAAUGAAAGAAAAGUUGGAUUGGUUAGAUCUGCAGCAACGCCAACAGAUGGACCAGAUGAUCACAUUGGUGAAGAAGCUUUGUGCAGUCACAAACCAAAGUUCACCCAGCAGUAUUGAUAUCUCAUCAUUAUCAAGACACAGUUGUAGUUCCAAAUCAAGCAGCACAUCCAAAGAACACCAUCACUCAUCUAAAAAUGAGCAGUCUACUCGUGUGAAAUGA